AUGGAGGCUUCCCAAGGGUUAGCGGAAGUCGAGACUUUGAACCCACGGCUGGCUGAGAGUUACCUGAGAUAUGUGCAAGAAGCCAAAGAAGCAGCUAAGAAUGGCGAUCUGGAAGAAUCAUUGAAACUUUUCAAUUUGGCAAAAGAUAUUUUUCCCACUAAAAAGGUGAUCAGCAGAAUCCAAAAACUGCAGGAAGCUUUGGCACAGUUGGCAGAAGAAGAUGGUGAUGACGAAUUCACAGAUGUGUGCAACUCUGGCUUGGUGCUUUAUCGGGAGCUGUAUGAGAAACUCUUUGAGCAUCAGAAAGAAGGCAUUGCCUUUCUCUACAGCCUGUAUAAGGAUCAAAGAAAAGGGGGCAUCUUAGCAGAUGAUAUGGGAUUAGGAAAGACUAUUCAGAUCAUUGCUUUCCUGUCUGGUAUGUUUGAUGCUUCACUUGUGAAUCAUGUGCUAUUGAUCAUGCCAACCAGUCUCAUUAAUACAUGGGUCAAAGAAUUUGCCAAGUGGACACCAGGAAUGAGAGUCAAAACCUUUCAUGGCUCCAGCAAGGAUGAACGCACUAGGAACCUGACACGGAUUCAACAAAGGAGCGGCGUUAUUAUCACUACCUACCAAAUGCUAAUCAAUAAUUGGAAGCAACUUGCAAGCUUUAAUGACCAAACAUUUGUAUGGGACUAUGUCAUUCUUGAUGAAGCCCAUAAGAUCAAAAGUGCCUCCACCAAGUCAGCAAUAUGUGCUCGUGCUGUUCCCGCAAGUAAUCGCCUCCUCCUCACAGGAACACCAAUCCAGAAUAAUUUGCAAGAACUAUGGUCCCUAUUUGAUUUUGCUUGCCAAGGCUCCUUGUUAGGAACAUUAAAAACUUUUAAAAUGGAAUAUGAAAAUCCUAUUAUUAGAGCAAGAGAGAAGGAUGCUACCCCUGGGGAAAAAGCCUUGGGACUUAAGAUAUCUGAAAAUUUAAUGGAAAUCAUAAAACCCUAUUUUCUCAGGAGGACCAAAGAAGAAGUGCAAACGAAAAAGGCAGAUAAGCCAGAGGCCAGGCUUAGUGAAAAGAAUCCAGGUGUUGAAGCCAUUUGUGAGAUGCCUUCCUUUACCAGGAAAAAUGAUUUCAUUGUUUGGAUACGUCUUGUGCCUUUACAAGAGGAGAUUUAUAGGAAGUUCGUGUCUUUAGAUCACAUCAAGGAGUUACUAAUGGAGACACGCUCACCUCUGGCUGAGCUGGGUGUCUUAAAGAAACUCUGUGAUCACCCUAGGCUGCUGUCUGCACGAGCUUGUCAUUUGCUCAAUUUGGGGACUGCCACAUUGUCGGCUCAGGAUGAAAAUGAGCAAGGAGAUACCUCAGAUGUGAACAGCAUUGAUCACCUAACUGACAGGGUACUGAUGGAAGAGUCUGGAAAAAUGAUAUUCUUAAUGGCCCUGCUAGAGAGACUUCAAGAUGAAGGGCAUCAAACUGUGGUGUUUUCUCAGUCAAGACAAAUUCUCAACAUCAUUGAGCGCCUUUUAAAGAAUAAGCACUUUAAGAUGUUACGGAUUGAUGGCACAAUUACUCAUCUUUGGGAACGAGAAAAAAGAAUUCAGUUAUUCCAGCAAAAUAAAGAAUACUCUGUUUUUCUACUUACCACUCAAGUUGGUGGUGUCGGUCUAACAUUAACUGCAGCAACUAGAGUGGUCAUUUUUGACCCUAGCUGGAACCCUGCAACUGAUGCUCAAGCUGUGGAUAGAGUUUACCGAAUUGGACAAAAAGAGAAUGUUGUGGUUUAUCGCCUAAUCACUUGUGGGACUGUAGAGGAAAAAAUAUAUAGAAGACAGAUUUUCAAGGACUCGUUAAUCAGACAAAGUACUGGUGAUAAGAAGAACCCAUUCCGCUAUUUUAGCAAACAAGAGUUAAGAGAGCUCUUCACAGUUGGGGAUCUGCAGAACUCUGCAACCCAGAUGCAACUUCAGUCUCUGCAUGCUGCUCAGCGGAGAUCUGAUGAGAAACUAGAUGAGCAUAUUGCCUACCUACACUCACUGAACAUAGCAGGAAUCUCAGACCAUGAUUUGAUGUUCACUCAUGAGCUGUCUGUUAAAGAAGAACUUGCUAUGCUAGAAGAGUCUCCGUACAUUCAACAGAGAGUGCAGAAAGCUCAAUUGCUUGUUGAAUUUGAAUCUCAAAAUACAAUGGAAAGACAAAAAACUGGAAAUGAAGAGACCUGGCUCAAAGCACAUGCAUUUUCUUCUCAACGGAAGAAGAAAGGUCCUGAAUUGAACAAACCCCGGCCUCAACCGUCAUACCUUCUGACUAAUCCUACCCAGGUAGAGGCUAUCAGUUCUCAGAUGGCCAGUAUAAGCAUUGGUGAUCAGUCUUCUGAGAGUGAGUCCCAAGAUCCCUCCAAGUCACUUGAUGUUACUUUGCUGCAAGGUGAUGGGCACCACUAUGAAAGUACAUUGGAUGCUGGCACUGGAGCUACUUCACCCCAGGAGGCUGGAAGUAUGGGAAGAAUUUGGACUGACUCUUCACUGGGACCUGCAGAAUGUUUUGCAGCUGGAAAUGAAGCUAUGCAGAAGAAGGCAUCACAAGCAUCACCUGGACAAGAGGCCCUGCCAGAGAACCUCCUGGGAAGUUUUAAUUAUUUACCUAGACAAUCCAUGAAGGCUGAUCUUGGGUCAAAUUUAGAUCUACAGGAUAGUAGUCCCAUAGCAGAUGAAAAUCAAAACAUAGAAUCAGAUGUGCACGUGAUUGAAAUAUCUGAUGUCUUGUCAGCAUCUCCUAGUGCACUGCAAGGUGCUCAAGCAAGCGAGGCCCAGUUGGAGUUGGAAGAGGACCUUUCAGAGUCACCACCAGAGUAUGCAUGUGAUUUCAAUCUUCUCCUGGAAGAUUCCGCAGACAAUAGACAAAAUCUCUCCAAGUUUUUGGGACUCGCUGAGAAAGAAAAUAGCCCUGCAGCUAACACUAGGGCAGAAUCAGCAGUUAAUCGCAGUUUUGAUUCUUUUAAUGAGAGUGAUGAAGAACCAGACAUGAUUAGUGUGAAAACCAGAAGCAAAGCUAGAAGGAUCCUCUCAGACACUGAAGAUGAAGAUGCUUUUAAAGGUACUUCCAGCACAAGUUCAUUUAGCACCUCUCCCUAUCAGUUCUCAUCUGUGAAACAAUUUGAUGCUUCAUCUCCCAAAAAUGACAAAAGUCCACCUGGAAGGUUCUUUUCACCAAAAAUACCUGAAAGUGUGAAUAUAUCCUUAGAUUCUAGGAGAUCUCUGGCUUCUAGGAGGUCUUUGAUCAAUGUGGUUUUAGAUGACGUGGAAGAUAUGGAGGAAAGGCUUGAGAGUAGCAGUGAGGAGGAGAGUGCUCCAGGUCAUGAGGAAGAAGAGGAAGAAGAGAGCAGUGAGGAAGCCUCUGUGCACACAGAAGAGGAUCCUUCUGAGGAAGCACAGGCUUCAGGAAACAAGCCGAGCAGCUUGACUGAGUCUGAGCCUAGACCUCUGACCCCGAAGAGCUCUCCCUGUUCCCCUGAACCUUUGUCAAGCGACCCUUUGGUUGAUCCUCCCCAGGAUCCAGCCGUGGAGGCUGCUGAUGACUAUGAGACUCUUGUAGCUCGUGGAAGAGAACUGAAAGAGUGUGGGAAGAUACAGGAGGCUCUCAACUGCUUAGUGAAAGCUCUUGACAUAAAGAGUGCGGAUCCCGAGGUCAUGCUCAUGACUCUGAGUUUAUAUAAGCAACUUAACAACGCUUGAGAACUUUAGGGCCUGGUUAGUAUGUCUAAAAAGUUUUGUUUAGUAUUUCUUUCCUUGAAUAUUUCAUUUUUUUCUUUUAGGCAUAUUUUACAAACUUUCAGAUGACUUUUUUUUGUAUUUUUAAUUGAUACUUCCUAAAGUUCUUGUGAAACUAUCUGGGUUAUUUUUUUACUCUGAAA